AGGUGUCUCUCCCGACGUGGCAGCGACUGCCAAAAAAGCUGAGAAUUUCUAGAAAGUGCAAAAGAACUCAAGCUGGGAGCUCGAGAGGUACGCAAGGCUGGAUCUUUUUCAGAUUUUUCCAGAAUAAAUAAGAUGAAGACGAAAGGUGUAUUAGUUCUUCUUACUUUUCAGUUCUGUUGCACAUGGUUUGCAGAUGCUGAGGUCUUCACCUCAAUAGGUCAGAUGACUGACUUGAUCUUCACAGAAAAGGAACUUGUCCAUUCUUUAAAAGAAUACAUUCGGGCUGAAGAAUCUAAAUUAGAGAAAAUCAAAAGUUGGGCAAGCAGGUUAGAUGUUCUGACACGCUCUUCCACUUCAGAUCCAGAAGGAUUCUUAGCUCAUCCUGUAAAUGCAUACAAAUUAGUGAAGCGUCUCAACAGUGAAUGGGCAGAGCUGGAGAAUUUGGUUUUGCAAAACCCUUCUGAUGGGUUUAUAUCUAAUAUAUCCUUGCAACGACAAUUUUUUCCCGAUGAUGAGGAUGAAAAAGGAGCAGCUAAGGCUCUGAUGCGACUUCAAGAUACUUACCGCCUGGAUCCAGAGAAAAUCUCUAAAGGCCAGCUACCAGGUGUGAAGUUCAGUGCUGUUCUCACAGUCAAUGACUGUUUUGACAUGGGAAAAACGGCUUAUGGAGAGGAAGAUUAUUAUCACAGUGUGCUUUGGAUGCAACAGGCUCUCAGACAGAUUGAUGAAGGCGAGAAGUCCUCAGUCUCUAAAUCUGACAUACUUGAUUACCUCAGCUACUCUGUUUACCAGAUGGGUGACCUGGCACGGGCAUUAGAACUGACGAGGCGCUUGGUUGCAGUUGAUCCCACACACCAGAGAGCUGGUAAAAACCUGAGAUAUUUUGAGAGACUUCUGGCAAAGCAAAUGGGACAGGUAGCUAACACCGAGCAACCUCCAGUGACAGAGGCACCCAUUGAUGUGGGGACUUAUACAAGGCCUGCUGACUACCUACCAGAAAGAGACACAUAUGAAGCGCUGUGCAGAGGCGAGGGAGUGAAAAUGACUGAAAAGAAACGCAAGAAUCUUUUCUGCAGGUAUCACAAUGGUAACAAAAACCCCAGACUGAUCCUGUCUCCAAUUAAAGAGGAAGAUGAGUGGGACAGUCCUCAUAUUGUCCGAUACCUGGACGUGUUGUCAGACAAGGAGAUUGAAAAAAUUAAGGAGAUGGCUAAACCCAAGUUGGCACGAGCAACAGUACGAGACCCUGUUUCCGGUGUGCUUACUGUGGCUAAUUACAGAGUAUCCAAGAGUGCCUGGCUAGAGGGAGAAGAUGACCCCAUGAUUGCCCGUGUGAACCAAAGAAUGGAGGAUAUAACAGGUCUGGCAGUGGAAACUGCAGAGCUUCUUCAGGUUGCUAACUAUGGAGUAGGUGGUCAGUAUGAGCCUCAUUUUGAUUUUUCCAGGCGCCCUUUCGACAGCAGUCUCAAGAAGGAUGGGAAUAGGCUAGCUACCUUUCUGAACUAUAAAGAUGAACCUGAUGCUUUCAAAAGAUUAGGCACUGGAAAUCGCGUGGCUACUUAUUUAAAUUAUAUGAGUGACGUUGAAGCUGGAGGUGCCACAGUAUUUCCAGACUUUGGUGCAGCCAUCUGGCCUAGAAAGGGGACAUCAGUAUUUUGGUAUAAUCUGUUCAGAAGUGGAGAAGGAGACUACCGAACAAGGCACGCAGCCUGCCCAGUGUUAGUAGGAAGCAAAUGGGUUUCAAAUAAAUGGUUCCAUGAGCGAGGGCAAGAAUUCAGAAGACCCUGUGGACUGACUGAGGUUGACUAAAAGUUAUUUGUGAUCUUCAGUGUGCAUUUUACUAGAAAAGUGUUGAAAACAACAAUGACAUUAACAAGAUCCGGAGCAGCUCUGGAAUUUUUUUUUAAUCCAGUGUCAUCUGAUUGAUUUUUUCCCUUUCACUUCUGGAUUUUUGCUCUUUCAACAACUUUUUAGUAUUUUUCAUUUUUUUCACUUCCAAAUUUGUAUUUUUACUGUGUUUGAAUAAGUAAUGUAUUUUUAAUACAGAUGUUUUAAAAUGUUUCAAUGUUUCUAGAUAAAACAACAAAAUAUAUAUAAUGGUGAAUGUGUAACAUCUGUGCACCUUCAGGCUCUGGGCAGAGGUCUCAAAGAAUCAGA